AAAGCCCGGUCCAGUCCAGCCUCGUUUGCCUCCGUGUAACCCUAAUUCCCAAAGCCAUUAAAACGCAUUGCAUUGUCAUUCGUUGCCUCAUUUUCGCGGCGCACAGCAGAACUCUGCUUCUUCGGAUUCCGAUCGCACGCGCCGUCACCAUGGUGAACGUUCCGAAAACAAAGAAGACAUACUGCAAGAGUAAGGAGUGCAGGAAGCACACGCUGCACAAGGUUACCCAAUACAAGAAGGGUAAGGAUAGCAUUGCUGCCCAAGGAAAACGCCGUUAUGAUCGCAAACAAUCCGGUUAUGGUGGACAAACUAAGCCCGUCUUCCACAAGAAGGCUAAAACCACCAAGAAGAUUGUUCUGAGGUUGCAAUGCCAGGGUUGCAAGCAUGUCUCCCAACACGCUAUUAAGAGGUGCAAGCACUUUGAGAUUGGUGGUGACAAGAAGGGCAAGGGAACAUCACUCUUCUAGUUUGAGAAUUAGGAUUUAGAGCUUUAUGUUUCAGCAAUGUUGGAAUGUUUUGUUUCUCUCUGGAUUUUUUCUGCUAGUUAUAUUUUAUUAUUUUGCAACACCUUGUUAUUGAGAAAUUAAAACUAUUUUGCUCAUUUCAUCGAUUGCAAUCUCUAUCUAUUUUUUAUACUUUUGAUACUAC